GUGACGUCAGAAAACACUGUUUGGCCCGAGAGAGUGAUUCAUGUGUCUCUGUUCGCCCGAACCGGGAUUUCCCACCGUCACUCGACUUCCACCUGCGCGACUGAAACUUUAUCGUUACCGACGCGUGACGUCACAAUCAUAGAUGCGACGAAGAUGAUGGGAUCGGCGGACUUCGACCUGUAAACAGUGACUGAUCGCCCUGGACACGAUGGCUGAAGACGACCACCUUCUUCAGAGCCCCAACCAGAUUCUGGACCCGCUUGUGUUGGAGCCCCCGUGGGAUUACAAUCACUUUGCCUUCACCUCUCCGUCGUCAUCUGUACGUACUGCUGACAGUCCCUCACUGGAGAUCACUGAGGAGCCAAAGCAGCGAGGGUUCAGAUUUCGGUACAGCUGUGAGGGUCCAUCGCAUGGUGGACUUCCUGGAGCGUCCAGUGAGAAGAACCGCAAGACCUACCCUAGUGUCAAGAUCCACAGCUAUCAGGGCCCAGCUCGGGUGGUGGUCCAGUUGGUCACUGCUGUGACAGCGCCUCUGCAUCCGCAGCUUCAUGCUCAUAGUUUGGUGGGGAAACAAUGUGACAAAGGAAUUUGUGUGAUGGAUGUUUUGAACACGGAUUCCAGCAUCAGUUUUCCAAACCUGGGAAUACUUCACGUCACCAAGAAAAACGUGGCGAAGACGCUUGAGGAGCGGAUGACUGAGGCAGUGAGGUCGGGCUAUAAUGUCGGCGUGACUAUCCACCCAGAGGUUGACGCCUGGCAGGGGGAGAUCCGAGUUUCUCGUGAGCUCAGCGAUCAGCAGCGCAACCUGAUCAGCGCGGUGGCAGCCGACCAAGCCAGGAAGAUGGACCUGAGUGUGGUGCGACUCAUGUUCACCGCCUUCCUGCCCGACAGCGACGGUGCAUUCUCGCGCCGCCUCGACCCGGUGGUGUCCGUGCCUAUCUACGACAGCAAAGCUCCAAAUGCCUCCAGCUUGAAAAUCGUGCGAAUGGACCGGUCUGCUGGCUGUGUGUCUGGAGGAGAAGAGGUCUACCUGCUCUGUGACAAGGUUCAGAAAGAUGACAUCCAGGUCCAGUUCUAUGAAGAAGACGACUCGGGUUAUGUGAUCUGGCAGGCACUAGGCGACUUUUCUCCAACGGAUGUUCACAGACAGUUUGCAAUCGUCUUCAAGACCCCAAAGUAUCGGGAUCAAAACCUGCAGCGGCCGGCGCCGGUGUUUGUGCAGCUAAAAAGAAAGUCAGACAACGAGACCAGCGAACCCAAACCGUUCACCUACCACCCACAGAUUCUAGACAAAGAGGAGGUGCAGAGGAAGAGACAGAAGAUUCUGCCCAACUUCCAUGACUUCAGUGGUAAUGGAGGAGGAGCAGGAGGAGGUUUUCAUCGGGGUGGAGGAGCAGGUGGUGGCAGAGAAGGUGGCGGUGGAGAGGGAGAACGAGGAGCCUUUUUCCCAAAUUUCUCCUCCUUCAGUUAUGUUGCUGGAGGAGGAUGUGCUUACACGGCAGGCUGCUCGAUGGCCCUUGAACUCGCUGGCGAUGGUGCAGCUGGUGGAGAUGAAGACGGUGCUGGUGGUGUUGAAGUGAAACGUCGACAGACGGAUGCGCUGUUUCAGUACUCAGUUACAGGCGAUGCAGCCUAUCUUUUGGCACUACAGCGCCCCCUAUUGACAGCUCAGGAUAAGGACGGAGACACCGGUUUCCACUUGGCUGUUCUCCACAGCCAACAGGAGGCACUAGAGAGCCUUGCUCAUGUUGCUUCAGCAGUACCUGGAGACCUCAGCCUCAACCAAAGAAACCAUCUGUACCAGACGUCUUUGCACCUCGCUGUCAUCACGCAGCAGGAGGCGGCGGUGAGAGCGCUGCUGGAGGCCGGCGCUGACCCGACUCUGACUGAUCGCCAUGGCAACACGGUGCUUCACCUGGCCGUGCAGCAGGACGCGGCAGAUAUGAUCCGGAUGCUGUUAGAGGUGGCUGCAGUGAGACGCCUCUUGGACGAGGCCAACACGGCAGGUCUGUGCGCCAUCCACCUGGCGGUGUUGGCCGACCACUUGAAUUCCCUACGGGAGCUCCUGAAGGGCGGCGCCGACGUGGACGCGGUGGAGCACGGCAGCGGGAGAACGGCCCUCCACCUUGCCACUGAGCAGGAUAACGUGUCGCUGGCCGGCUGUCUGCUGCUGGAGGGUGACGCCCGCGUGGACUGCUGCACCUAUGAUGGUUCCACUCCCUUACACAUCUCGGCUGGGAGGGGCUCGCUCAAGCUGACGGCUCUGCUGAUGGCUGCAGGUGCAGAUCCACUCAGAGAAAACUUGGAGCCUCUCUUCUACAAGGACGACGACGCCAGCAACACAGACGACGACGACGACAACUGUUUCAUCCCUGGAACCACUCCGCUUGACGUCGCCUCUGAACAGGUCUCGUGUCUCCUGAAAGGUGAAAGUUGUGAGAGCCAUGGUUUGACCAGGAGCCCCACAGGUGACCUGGCAUCACUGGAACAGAAGGUCAGACAGGAAGUGUGCCAGGCCCUGGACAACGACGGAUGCUGGGAAAGUCUAUCACACAGUCUGAGUCUGGGGAUUCUGAUCCCAGCAUUCCGACUGAGCCCAUCCCCUGCUACCAUCCUGCUGGACAGCUAUGAGGUUUCGGGUGGAACCAUCUCAAACCUGCUGCGUGCGUUGAGAUCUGUGGGUCAGUGCAGCGCUUUAAGUGUCCUGGAAAAGGCGCUGGCAAGUCACCAAACGUCGACCACCGGCUUGAGCCAGGAGCUGCAGAAGGAGGGUGGUCACGUGGAGGUGUGCGACAGUGGGGUGGAGUUGUCCUUCCCUGAUCCUGGUUCCUGAUGUGCUGGAGUUCAGCACUCGCUUAAAGUCAUCCACUCUCAAGGAGCUAAGUACGACCCUGUUCGGGUUCCUGCACCACAAGAAGUGGUAGGACUGACUCUUCAUGCAGGAAGUGACAUCAUUGACACUGGAGCUGGAUGUCUUUUCAUUGCUAUGUU